GUCACUAUAUUUGUUUGUAAUAGAAGUAGACUUUCGUCUUGAUUGGUGGAGAACGGCGGCUGGUUCGAGGAUUGACCAAUCAGACGACGAGAAUUCGCCCAUAUCCUCGCUAUGCACCGUCGGCUUCCUCUCUGUCGCUGGAUGUGCAAGGCUCCAUAGGGUCUCCGUUGUAAAAUUGCGUUGAAUUCCGGCUUUGGUUUCCUCAAGAGAGACCCUUAGACUACCAGGAUGCCUCGUGUAAAGGACGACAAGCCGCGUGGACGCAUGUCGUCCUACGCGUACUUCGUGCAGACCUGCCGGGAGGAGCAUCGUAAGAAGCACCCUGAUGAGGCCAUCGCCUUUGCUGCGUUCUCGAAAAAGUGUUCCGACAGGUGGAAGGUGAUGAACGAUAAGGAGAAGAAACGUUUCGUGGAGAUGGCCGACCGUGACAAGGCCCGCUUCGAGUCCGAGAUGAAGCACUACGUGCCCCCGCCGGGCGCCAAGACCAAGACCGGCCGCCGCAAGAAGGACCCCAACGCCCCGAAGCGGUCGCUGUCAGCGUUCUUCUGGUUCUGCAACGACGAGCGGCAGGGUAUCCGCGAAGCCAACCCGGGCUUCACGGUGGGCGAUAUCGCCAAGGAGCUGGGCCGCCGGUGGGGCGAGGUGGACGAGGCUGCCAAGAAGAAGUAUGUCGCCAUGGCCGAGAAGGACAAGGAGCGCUACAGCAGGGAGAUGGAGGCGUACAAGAACGGCGUUGCCCUGGCGGCACCAGCCAACGAGUUCGACGAUGAUGACGACGAAGAUGAGGAUGAUGAGUGAGCCCUGUCCCUCAGACUGACUGACUCGAGAAUGUACAAACGCGGCUGUUCGGGCCCGUGUUCUGACGUGUUGUGAACCGCGGCUGUCGUGACUUCUAAGAAGACUGGACUGAAACCGCAUGCUCGUCGCGGUGCUGCUGACGGCGCGUCAGAUAGAAAUACGCUAAGAUGUUGACGACCGCGGUGCGGCCGCCGGUUAAGACAAGAAACCUGUUGUCUCACCUCACGCCCCGCGGGGUAUUUAUUUUACAGGGAGUGACGCGUUGCUUGCAGGUUGUUUCGCGAGGUCUGAGGAGCUGAGGGGCGCGGGAGGGUUGUCUUUGUAGUUUCAUCAUCGCAUCACAUCAAUGGUCGCAAGAGCAUCACCAGCCAUUGUUCAUCAGUUCAUUUAAAUAAAUACAGUUUCUUAUAA